AUGCAUAAUGUAAUGUUCAUUGUUUUUUUGUUAUUUUAUCGAGGCGUAAACGGUGAUAUUUUUGCAAAUCAAGACAACAAUCCCUGGUAUAAAGAAGGUGUCAAGCUUAUUAAGGACAAUCUCAAGGUGAAACCGAACAUAAACACUGCCAAGAGCGCAGUUCUGUUUUUGGGCGACGGAAUGGGUAUCAGCACCAUCACCGCUGCACGCAUCUUUGAUGGACAGCAGAAGAAUAUGAAGUAUGGGGAGGAAAAUGUUUUGAGCUGGGAGGUGUUUCCCUGGUCAGCUCUGGCAAAGACAUAUACCGUUGACAUGCAGGGAACAGACUCGGCAAGUUCUGCUACAGCUUUUCUGAACGGCGUAAAGACAGACGAAGGUAGGUGACCAAAUUUGAUGAUGGAACAAACCAAGCGACAUGGAGCAGAGGUAGAAGACACUCUACCUACGUUGGAUAAGCAUGCUGGACCACAGAUGACAAAGGUCCAAGUUUGAACUCUGGUCAAGCUUAUUGUGUUGUGUUCCUAGGCAAUUCUUUUUAUCCCCCUAUAAUGCUCCUUUCCCAGGAUCCGUGCAAAUGGGUAACGCAGUGGUAAAUGGUAAUUAGUUAGGAAUAACAGACGAAUUCGACCGAAGGAACCUGUGAUAGAACAGCCUUUUUAUUCAGGAGGAGUGGUUAUACUCUGAAGUGCGGCGUGCUGGGGACAUUAGGAUAAGCGUCAGUCAGUCUUGUAUGCGUCGGAGCUUACUCCUCACCCUGAGAAAAACAAUUGCCCUCCGUGGAAUAUUAGCCUUUUACUUCUUUUGGAGGUUGCGAUUAAAGUCAAUAGUUUGGAUUAACAGCUUUGUAACUAAGGAGCACUGCUGUUGUAAAAGGGUAGUCGCUGUAAGGAAUUUCUUCUCAGGGGGGUCCGAAUGUUUAGAGAAAGCAACUUACAUUGCUUAAGGCGCGCAGGAGAAAGACUCGGAAACACAAAAACACGACAACUAAGAAGAAUACACCCCUUUCUGAAUUGUAUUUGAUUUAUAUAUGAUCAUGUGAAACUGGAUCACCCACUGAUAAGUAUAAAGGUAAAGUGGCCCACCCACCCGGAGCUUAUCCCGUUUUCCUUAAUACGAAGCGACUAGGAGUAAACCUCCCUCCCCUUGGGUGGGAUGCUAGUCCAUUGCAAGGUUUGAAUAUUGUUGGGGAAUGCAUAGCUGGCCUUUGUUCCACUUGUUAGAUAUGACCUCAUCCAUAAUCAAAAUGGUAAUUUUCUUUCAACAUUUUUAUCUUAUUCUCUCCGAUUCCCUAUCAGGAGUUCUCGGUGUAGACGAAUCUGUGAAAAAAAGCUACUGUAAAACUAUGACUGAGAAAAGUAAAGUUGUGUCGAUCUUGACGCUCGCCGAGAGGGCAGGGAUGUCCACGGGAAUCGUUACUACCACACGAGCCACUCACGCUACUCCCGCGAGUUCUUACGCGCACUCAGUUAAUAGAGAUUGGGAAAGUGACAAAGACAUCAAAUCAAAGGAUGAUGGAACCACAUGCAAAGAUAUCGGUAAAUAAAUGAGAUUGUAUUUAAGUUGCUUUAAGGGAGACUAUAUCAAAAAGACCAGUCUUCCAAGGUCAGCAUACCUAAGUAGGAAAUAAAAUACGACUAGCAGUGACGUCAACUAUUUAUUAAGGACAGUGCCUGCUGUUGCCACUGCGCACACGCCCGGCGUUGUCUUGAAAGGUUCCAUUUUCAAAGUAAUUAAGCUACUUUGACGGCUUCGUUUCGUUAUGAAGCGGUUCAAUUUUUGGGAUGCAAUGCUAUGGUUGACAUUUGUUCUGUUGAUUUGUUGUAGAUUUAAAUGCGUUUGGUGGGGUGUAAGAUAGGAAAGUCGUCAAAGUCUACAGCGAGGUACUAUUAACCGUGCGAAUGAUCGUCACGGUCACUGCGUUUUUUCCCUUGGGGAAAGAUUGAAAAUGAAUAAGACGUGGCGGUUUUGUCCCUCCUGAAGGUGCUUGAGGUCCACGUUCUUGUUCAGUGUGGUGAAGUCGCGAAACUGGAAGAUCUGAGGCUCAAAUUCUCACAGAAAACCUUAAAGUAUUCUUUAUUCCACACAUAAUACACAUCUCUAGUUUUUCACAAUUAAAUCAUUUUUUUGUUGUAUGCUUUCUCAAGCAACGCAGCUUGUCGAGUAUCCUCACGGUAAUGGUAUAGAGGUUGUCUUCGCUGGGGGACGGCGGGAAUUUAUGCACAAAAACCAGUCAGACCCAGAGUAUCCGGAAAAGAAAGGAGACAGGCAGGAUAACAAAGAUCUGAUUAAACAGUGGCUGGAGAAAUAUCCCGACUCACAGUACGUUUGGAACAAAACUGCCUUCGACAAGAUUGACGCGAAUAAGGUUAAUCGCGUGUUAGGUACGUCUUCUGAAUCCGUUUUUCCAGACAUGGCCUUAUGGUCAUAUCACUAGUACUAUCAAAAAAAAAACGUCAUCAAAAUACACUUUGACCCGCAGUUAUACAUAAGCUUUCUCCCAACAGAAAACCAAAUAGAACAAUUUGAAGGUUAUAAGAAUUUGGGCGAAAAUUGUUGAGGGAAAUGGUACAUUUAGAAUUGGCGCUUAUGUGAAUACUGUGUGUUAUACUUUUCGUUAAGUUAUUUAUUAUCAAUAACCUUUUUUUCUUUUUCUUUUUCUUUUUUUAAAAAUACUCACGAAGUAAUGCACCUCAAUCCUAGUGGUAAAAUAGUAAGAUUAGCAUAAAGAAAAGGUUUAUUCUUUCGUCUUUGUUACAGGACUCUUUGAGCCUUCUCACAUGCAGUACGAAUCAGAUCGAACCGCCUCCAGUACACCUGGAGAGCCGUCAAUUGCAGAGAUGACUGAAAAAGCCAUCAAAAUACUACAAAAGAACCCCAAGGGAUACUUUCUUUUAGUCGAAGGUAUACAUUUCUCAUUGCAUAAACGUAGAUUUCUCGGCCUUAAAAAUCGACAUUAAAUUGAUCUAAACCACCCUAUAUCCUGAACGCAUGCGAGAAAUCACGUGUAAACUGAAAACAAGGUUGCUUAAAAACCUGACCUUGUUUACGAUAGAGUGCCUUUAUUUCACUUCCCUGUUUUAGACAAAAAUUUGCAUCAAGCUCAGUUAUCGUGUUCUCUUUUCUAUCCACAGGUGGGCGCAUUGAUCAUGCACACCAUGAUGGCUCGGCCUAUAAUGCACUUCAUGAAUCCGUCGCAUUCAACAAAGCAGUUCAAAAAGCGAAGGAUAUUGUGAAGACAGGUGAAUCUGCAGAAUUCUAAGCUCGCUUUGCUUUGUUAUUAACUAUGACCUCUUAUUAGCCUGAGACAGACACAUAGUAUAAAUUUUCAGCAAUUUUAUGGUGGCAUGAACAACAAUGCUGUUAUGUGGCUCCUAGAAAUUUAGGUCAAGUGUUACUUCUUAUCAUGAGAGUUUUUUAUAUCUAGUGAGACUUGAACAGAAAACCCUCUAACAAUCAUGAAGUAGAGAGUCUGCCUUUUUCAUUGAACCCAGUUCAAAUCCAAGAAUACAAUGGUUUUGCUUUAUUUCGCUCUUAUUUCGAAAAUUGUUUCUUUUAGAAGACACCCUGAUAACAGUGACCGCUGAUCACUCCCACGUCUUCACAAUCGGUGGCUAUACAAAGCGUGGGAACCCUGUGCUGGGUGUACAGGUACAGGUAGACGGUAAAGUAGCCAAUGAUACCUUCGGUAAGACAUAUACCUCCCUUGGGUAUUUCGACGGUCCCGGUGGAUUGAAUGGUUCCCGCCCAGACUUGCGCGGUGUAGACACAGAAGCCAAAGACUUCCUUCAGCAAGCUACCGUCCUCCUUGAUUAUGAAAGUCAUGCAUCCGAAGAUGUUGGUAAGAACUAGAGUUGGCAAGAAACGAUCAAGCUCAAACCUCUCCUUAGCCCUCUCACUCCAAGAUCUCACUAGUGAUUCUCCCAACUGUCUGAUUAUGAUGGUUUUUUUUGAAGAAUUCAGUAUUGGUAUUGGAUCCACUAAUGGUCACGUGAUUGAUGCUUUUCUUUAUUCUCAUCACUUGCUUGCUUGAUAUUGCAUUGAUAUUGUUAGGAGAAAUUCUGUCUUGGUCACUCAUGGGAGUCGUAGGGUUAAAGUAACACCUUAGCCCACUUUUUCCCCUCUCCUGGUACAUGUAAGUCAUAGUACGCGUCGUAGACAGUUGCCUGAAAAGUUCAAUUGACACCAAAUUUUUUUUCUGUUGAAAAAUAUGCCUAUCCCUACAUCACCGUUUCCUAAUAUUUCGUAGUGUUUUUCUUUUUAGAUUUACAAAGGUUUUCAAAGUUUCAAAAUUUUGCGUUUUUUUCCGGCAUUUCUGAUCUGCUUGAAGAAUGAGUCCUACUCUUGAUAUGACAUCGUUUGAGAAAGAUUGAAAUUUAGAAGCGAGCAGUCAAUCUACUUUCGUCACUUCUUGGUUAAACACAUGAAAUGCCGAUAAAAUAACUAACUAAACUAGUCAGAAGUCGCCUCGUAGUCAUGUGCCUUUUUAAACUUGGUAAGUCAUGAUCUCUUUUUCCCUUUCGGAGUUGAGGCAGAACGGACUCAACCUCAGAUAAAUGUCAAAACGUGAGGAUUUAACCAAUUAGUGACGAUCUCUUUUUUGCGGAAUUUCUCGAGUUAAUUAAGCGAUCCGGCCUACCGAAAAAAGGAAACUAGCACAGAUUACGUAUGAACUUAGGGGUAACAGUUUUCAACUCCUCAACUACUAAACAGGUUAUAGAGAGUAGUUGUAAUUUGUCUUGUCGUAUUUCCAGGGGUUUUCGCAGACGGACCUGGUGCUUACUUAUUCCAUGGAGUAGUGGAACAGCCGUAUGUCUUUCACGUGAUGGAUCACGCCCUAUGUUUGAGUGAGAGUAAACAGGAUACAUGUGAUAAGCACGUGAGCAGAGGUGGCCCGAAUCCCAAAAGUGGAGGAAAUUCUCUUUCCAUGCCCACGGCAAUGUAUGCUCUGUUAAUCAUAGCCGUGUGGAUUUUUCAUUGAGUGAAGGUCACUUUGCUUUGCGAUGGGAUAGUUUAUGACUGGUUUUGUUGCAAGUUGAAAACUUCUCUUGUUUUGCAAGCAAAGUCAUUUAUGCUCAAAUUGAUAUUUACCUCUUCACACCGCUCUCUUUUUUUAUUGAAACGUUUUGCUUAAGGUGUUGAUUUGUAAGAUUGUUUUCAGCAAUGAAAUGAAGAGUCUACCCAUAAUCAUUGAUAGUUAAUGGCUGUAGCCAAAAACAGUUUAAGCUAGAAAAAGAUCACAGCCGUGUAGAGAUUAGUUGAUAAUACCAAGAUUUGUUACAAUCUGUAAAUUGCAUGCUUUUUUAUCGGUAGUUGUAGCACUGAUUAAAGAUAUUUGCGUACUAAUGAAAAUGCAACUUCAUCCCUGAGACAUAUCGAGAACACAGUUUGGUCAUACCAGUGUUUAUACUGAAUAUUAUUCAUAUCCG